CACAAAACUGAGAGCCACACAGCCUUCCCUUGGCCCUGGAAGGUACAGGUCACAAAGGCCAUUGGGACCUACCAAGAGGAGGCAUGCCAUCAGAGUGCUGGGCAUGGCCCCUGCCUCCACAGCCACCGGCUGGGCCAGGCCUGCAUCUCCUUCUGUCAUUCCAUAACUAGGACUGGGCCUUCAGGGAACAGCACAGAGCUUCAGUGCCCAUGUGUGUCAUCUGCUUUGUGAAGGCACUAGUGCACGUGUUCAAGAUCUACUUGACAGCAAACUACAGUUACAACUUCCGCAGCUGGCCGGUGGACUUCCGCUGGGAUGACCUGAACGCCCCAGGCACUGGUAAUAGCAGUCAUCGUGCGUUGACCUGUGCUGCAGCUGCCGCAGGUGUGUGGCUGCUACAAGAUGCGGCGCUGGGCGAGGACACACUCACAAGUCCUCCACGUGGAGCUCGGAGUCAAGUUCAGUGCCUCCUCCAGCAGAUCCGUGAGCUGCCUAGCCAGCUUGCUAGCUAUGCACUGGCCCACUCACUGGGCCGCUGGCUUGUAUACCCCGGUUCUAUGUUCUUGAUGACACGCGCACUACAGCCUCUACUGCAGCAGGGCCAGGAGCGACUAGUGGAUCGCUACCGUGGGCGGCGUGCCAAGUUGGUGGCCUGUGAUGGCAAUGAGAUUGACACCAUGUUCAUGGAUCGUCGUCAGCAUCCUGGCAGACAUGGCCGUGGCCUGUGCCUGGUUAUAUGCUGUGAAGGGAAUGCUGGCUUCUACGAGAUGGGCUGCCUGUCUGCACCUCUGGAGGCUGGAUACUCCGUGCUAGGCUGGAACCACCCUGGCUUUGGGGGCAGCACAGGUGCACCUUUUCCACAACAUGAUGCAAAUGCAAUGGAUGUGGUAGUCAAAUACGCGCUGCACCGCCUGAACUUCCCGCCAGCACAUGUGGUGGUUUAUGGCUGGUCUAUAGGAGGCUUCACAGCCACUUGGGCCACCAUGACUUAUCCAGAACUGGGUGCACUGGUGCUGGAUGCCACCUUUGAUGAUCUUGUGCCACUAGCGCUGAAGGUUAUGCCCCAGAGUUGGAAGGGGCUGGUAGUACGCACUGUACGGGAGCACUUCAAUCUCAAUGUUGCUGAGCAGCUGUGCUGCUACCCAGGCCCAGUACUUUUGCUCAGACGUACACAAGAUGAUGUUGUCAGCACUUCGAGCCAUAUUCCCACGCUGUCAUCUUGCCAAGUGGAGGGCGAUGUGGAAGGUAACCGUGGCAAUGAGCUGCUGUUGCGUCUUCUGCAGCACAGAUACCCCUCUGUGAUGGCCCGCGAGGGCCGCACAGUGGUAACCCGCUGGCUACGUGCCAGCAACUUGGCUCAAGAAACUGCAUUAUAUGCACGCUGCCGUGUUGAUGAUGAGUGGUGCUUGGCCACACUUCGUUCUUAUCGUGAGAGCCGCCGGAAGGAGAUGGAUGAUACUGAGGCCUGGGGGCCACAUGGACCUUCCUUCCCCUGGCUCGUGGGCCAAGGUCUGAGUGCUCGGCGGCGCCGGCAGCUUGCACUGUUCUUGGCACGCAGGCACCUCAAGAACCUGGAGGCAACUCACUGCAGUCCACUGGAGCCUGAGGACUUCCAAUUGCCCUGGAGACUGUAGCCACUGUUUAUGUGACUCGUGUAUCUGGGCAUUUGUACACUUUCUAGCUCCCCCCAGCUGUUCCUCUCCUUACAUCUCUACAGAAAAGCUGGCCCUGCUGGGGAUCUUGGUGUCUGGGAGUGUGGGCAGUAUAUCUUCCUUCACUUUGUUCUUUCCUGCUUGCACCCUUUCUCUUCCUUAAAAACAUCUGAAUGUCUGUGCCUAAUUCUCAAAGGCAAUGUAAAGAUGAACCUGA